UCACUUUAACCAACAACAGUCAUGUAUUUAUGGAUAGCAUUACUGUUUUUGGGUACUACGCAACAACUUGUUCAAGGUGUUCCGUCGACAAAGAAAUGCGUUGCGCACUGGGCUGAUAAUUUCAACUGCUCUGAUUUCGAGGUCCUUAACAACAUAAACUGCUGGUAUGACUGGAGAUGUAAUUUAACUUAUUUCCACGAAAAGGACAUUUGUUCUGAUGUUAUCGACAAUUAUGCGGAUAAUUAUGUUUCUAUGAUAUGGGGUGUGUAUCCAAUUAACAACUACACUUGUCACCAUGAUAUGCAAACGCCUGCUGUAAUGGGUAUGAACGAGCCUAAUCAUCCAAAUCAGUCAAACAGGACGGCUGCCGAGGUUGUAGCAAUAUGGUCUGAAUUGAAGGCAAAUUCAAACGGUCUUCCUUUAAUAUCACCUAGCGCCGCAAAAUGUGGAUCGGGUUGCGCACAGACUGAACUAGAAUGGUGGGAUGAAUUCUUCCUCUUAUGUAAUGGCUCGUGUAACGUCACUUACCUUGCUGUACAUACAUACUGGUGCAAUGCUGACAAAGUCAUGAACUAUCUGGAAAUGCUCUACAAUAGAUAUAACAGACCAAUUUGGCUCACGGAAUUUGCUUGCAGACCAAACGUAAACAACCGAAACGAAGGAAGAAUAAAGAGGUUUAUGGAGGAUUUACUACCACGACUUGAAGCAGCUGACUACGUUAUCAAGUACUUUUGGUACAUGGCCCGGAUUCCGGACAACACUGGCUAUAUCGGGACGUAUGGUAGCUUGUUUAGAGGGUACACCACUGAACUGACUGAACCCGGGGAAUUCUAUAACAACUACAAUCCUUCUUAAAUUCAAAACAUGGCGCUGUUCAUUGGACCUGAUAAUGUCGAAUCUUUUGAAAUAAAUUUCUGCAUCUGAA